GGGGCCCUCAGAUUUGUCUGUGUCUCUAUCUGCGCUUUUGGGUUUGCUUCUUUUGUCUCUCUAAAUUCCCACACCCUCUUUCUCUCUCUUUUCCGUUACUGCUUCCUACUCCAUUUGGAUAUUUCUCGCAUACAGAUACAGUUGUUGAUGUCUUCGUCGUCUUCUGCCUCUGCUCCUUCGUCGUCUUCCUCUGACGACGCCAAUGGCAAUGGCAAUGGCACCGCUGCAGGAGGAGCAGGAGGACGAGGAGGACGACCGCGAGGCAGAGGCUUCGACUUCGAAGGACCGUCCUCCUCCCGCCGCCGUUCCGGCGACGGCGUCUGGCCGGAGCCUUUCCUCGAAGCUCUCGCUUAUCGUGUCGCCAUUGACGCUUCUCUCUCCCACGGCUGCCUCGCCGCCGCCGCCGCCAUCUGCAACCUGUUCCAGGUUUGCUCAACGUGGCGGGCAGUGUCGCGCUCGGAACUCCUAUGGCAGAACCUCACUCGCCGCAUCUGGAACCGUGGCCGCCUCCUCCACGACACAUGGUGGGACGAGUAUGUCUUCCGCCACCGCACCGCCCGCAACUUCCGCACGGGCCAUUAUUUAUACACAACCCUCCAUUUUGUUCCCCCGGACGGCGACAACAACCAGGAGGGCCUUAUUUGCAGCCGCCUCGCCCUCUCCGAUCACCACCUCGCCGCCGGGUUCUACGACGGCUCCGUUCGUCUCUUCGACCUCCCCCACCGCCUCCACCUCUCCACCUUCCUCCCCCACCCCCGCGACGACCGCCUCGGCCGCUUCUCCUCCGCCGUCCGCGGCAUCAUUCUCUCCGACACCCAGCUCGUCUUCGCCUCUCUCGACGGCGACAUCCACGUCGCCCCCAUUGAUAACGCCGCCGCCCUCCGCCGAACUCAGUUGGGCGACGUCCUGACCGACGGCGUUUUGGUCGACUUCAGCGGCUGCAACCGUUGGUGGGUUGGGGUCUAUGCAGGCGUUCCACAACGUUCCUUCCACAUAUGGGAUAGCCAAACCGAACAGCUGGUGUUCGUUGGCGGUUCGCUGACGGACCCGAACGCGGUGGCGGGUUGGGGGCUACUCCACGAGCUAACUGAAUUCGUAGGCCGGGUGAGAGUAACGAGCCACGAAUCGGCUGUGGCAUGCACAAACGUCCAAGUAAUAGCUUUCGAUCUCCGGAACCAGGGAUUCGUCUUGUGGGAGGAAGCCUUCCCGAGGGAGCUCAUCGUCGGCGCCUUCGAUGCCACCGACGACGCCUGCGUCAUCGUGGACAACCGGGGAGCGGCUAGCGUGCUCCGGGUGAGCACCCAGCAGCAGGUGUGUAGGUUUGCGGCGAGGGGCGCGCCGCAGCGGGGUGUGUUAGGGUGCAUGAACUCGGGGUACGCGCUGAUGUGCGUCGGGGGCGUAGUUAGAGUUUGGGAGGUAGAGAGAAGCGGGGAGUCUCUUUACAGCCUGGGAGAGAGACUAGAGCCGCCGACCGCUAUGGUCGCCGACGACCGGCACGUGGCGGCCUGCACGAGUGACACGACGAUUCACCUGUGGGACUUCGGGGCACAAUAGCGUCGCCAUAGCUGUAGCUGUAGGUCACUACUCGUCAUUGAAUAUGAUACUUGGAUAACGCAGUGUUUGGGUAGGGCUUCAGUUCUGGUAGGAAAAAACAGGAAGAUAGGACGUGGGGGACAGUGUACGGCGUGACAGGGGAGUACUUUUUUUUAAUUGUGGGGGAGGGAUAUCAGAGAAGUGUACUUUGCCAUGACAAGUUGUGUGGAUCGUUCCGCAGGCUGUCGAUGGGCUGUUUUCUGGGUUUUUAUUUUUUUUCUUUAUUUGGGUAGAAUUGGUGUUGACCAUUGACCUCCGGAUCGCCAAACAGGACCUUAUGGAUUUUCUUGGAUCAUUUUUUCUGGGAUUUUGUACAGUGAGUCUGUGGAUUGAUGGAGACAGGCACUGGACUUAUCCUUUUUCUUCAAAAUUUUUCUUAUUUUCUGUUUGAUGGGUCUCUGUAGUUUAUUUGGCGGUGGACCAGUUGGAUUGGGGCUGUAUUCAGAAUUCAGAUCAUGAUUUGGCACUUUGUCUCUUCUGUAAUUCUUUCCUUCAUUGUAUAACAUCUGGAAUAUUAAAUGGGGGAUCGGCUUAUUAAUUUAUUUUUA